UAAAUUCCUGGUUGUCCAACAUGGCGGAUGUGUGGUUAUUAUCGAGCUUCCUGGUCACAUCGGCUUGCUGGAUACAGCUAAUACUCGGCAAGUGUCACUUUAUAUUUCCUUAUUUGAUGUACAGUGUUCUUUAUGUCCAUCAUUAUCACGGCCUUGCCGUAUUGUACAGCAUAGUUCCCAUAUCUGUUUAACCCUCGGCAGUAACAACACUGAUCACUGGUCAUGGACCAGUUAAUAGAAUGUGUAAAGGAUAGUACAAUUGUAUGAAACCGUGAUGUAUAGACUGAGUAUAUACACGCUGUAUAUAUAUAUACACGUUAUAUAUUCAAUCCAAUACCAACAUGACAUAACUGUUGUCAUGCUUAAACGUUAGCAAAUGUGGUCAAAUGUAACUAUGUUAUAUCUGGGAAUACACUUUUUCUGUAAAGUACACAUUCUUGUACUUUUUAGGGGGGAUGAGUCCCCUCCGAGAUUCAACCCGCACUCUCCGAGUCAGCACACAAAGUGAGCUUCCACUGGCUGAGUGAGUUAGAUGGCUGGCUUUGUGUGCUAUCGAUUAGGUGCCUGACUCUGAGAAAAUGAGUUGGAAUCCCCUUCUUCCGUAGUAUAUGUGAAUGAGUAAUGCUGGCCAUCGUAUUACGGAUUACCUGUCUCUUGAGGCUUGCACAUGAACUUAUCACUCGUUGGACAUUCUCCGUUUUACCAUUCAUGUUUAUCAAAUGCCAUUAUAUUUAAAGGUGGGUUCCGUAAGUUGAAUGUCCAGUUAUGAACUAAAUGAAUAGUGAGUCAGUCAGUAAGUCCACAAAAAAGGAUAUGUGUCAAAAGCACCUGUAAGAUACGGACUACAUCAUGAGCAAGCGUUCAUUAAUGACUAUCAAAUAGUGAUGGUACCAAGUGUCCGCGAAACGGUCAGCGUAUCCUCGUCUACCAAGGGCACCAGUCACAUGCAUGCAAAGUUUAAUCAAUGAUUCACCUGGAAAACCUGUAAAUAUAUGGCACAAGUUAAAUAGGCAGUCGAAACAAUUUCUUUUCUGAUGCAUCGAAAUUCCAAAUGUUCUCCACAAUCUGCAAUUUCAGUAAAUAGGGCAUACGUGAAUGGACCUUUUGAAAUGUCAGUUGUUGAUGUAUUGUUUUAUUGUAAAGAUAUUAUUUCUAUGAAUCAUAGAAUCUGUCCAUACGUCAAGGACUGUUUACUAAGUAUUAACAUGUAUGAUCCGAAAGGAACAUGCACACCAGGAAAGUUUGGUGAAUCUUGCCUUUUCUCCUGCCACUGUGGAGACUCCUGUAACCAGCAGACUGGAGUUUGUGGAGGAGGCUGUGACUCCGGCUGGGUUGGAGGACGUGGAGGAACUGUCAGAAAGAAGACACGCCUCCUCCCCUACUCGGCUGUAUAAUAAUUCAUGGUCUGCGGACAAAGCUGUAGAUGGGAACAGGGACCAGGAUGUGCACCACGGCUCCUGUUUCAAUGCAGCUGACAAAGCAUGGGGUUUGUGGACCGUGGACCUUGGAAAGCAGUACAGGAUACAUGAUGUCAAGAUAUAUCAGCCAUCGCACCUUUGCAGCCAUGGGUUGUUUGGUGUAACAUGUAAUGAAUUUUGUCACUGCGCUGAAGAGCCGUGUGACCACGUAAGUGGUUUGUGUCUUGGAGACUGUAGACCUGGGUGGCAGGGAGACAGGUGUGAUACAGAAUGUGACGCAAAUCACUAUGGAGUCAACUGUGUGAACACGUGUACUGACAGGAAGUGUUCUAAUGUCAACUCGUCAUGUGAUCGCCACAGUGGGUCAUGUGACAUGGGAUGUCUUCCUGGUUGGAUAGGUUCGGACUGUUCACAAGAGUGUACAAAUGGACGCUAUGGACAGAACUGCAUCGACGCUUGUUCUGACAGGAAGUGUGCAGGAAACUCGCCGUGUGAUCACAUAAGAGGGGCCUGUGUGUCUGGCUGUGCACCAGGGUGGAUGGGUGAAGACUGCAGAGGAGUCUGUGACAGCCAACAUUACGGAGCUAACUGUGACAAAGCCUGUGCCUCCAGACACUGUAUAGGGAGCUCUUCCUGUAACUCAACUGGAGACUGUGACAGUGGAUGUGAGUCUGGGUGGACACUGAACGACUGUACAGGUAAAGCUGAAGAGGCAAGGGUUCUACAAGCCGCCUAUAACGCAGUUCAUCUGGCUGUUGCUGUGGCAGCUGCAUUCGUAGUUGGUGUUGUCGUAGGUGCAGUCGUCUGUUUUGUUUUCUGGUGGAGACGGAAUAGACGACCACAGAAGACAUCGGAAUCACCCCCAACCAAUGCAUCGGACGCUCGAAAUGACCAAUCACAGAACAGUGAUGAUGUUGGCCCUGAAACUAGGAUAUAUGACAGUCUCCAUGCUGAAUCUCCACAUGACGCCAAAAUCACAGGAGAGACAUAUUGCACCAUUAAGUCUGGCAACACAGAUUCAAAAGCCCAUGCCCCAACAUCACGUAAUUUGUCCGAAUCUGCCGGAGCACAAAUGUAUGAAAACAUUGACAACACAUCUCGAAAAAUGGAUGGUGCAUACAGUGAGUAAGGAAAACAUAAUUGACUUCAUGUGACACGCUUAAGGUUUCGUAUUAUGGUUUAUAUUUGUAUUUUAAUAUACCCGUUUACUUGGGGGUGUCAAGGAGGAUUUUACAUAUUAACCAAAUUUUAUCGUGUAUAACUUUCUUGAUUUGUUUUACCGGUUUCAAUUCAUGACUUCACAUUAGUCUGAGAAUGUGGGUUUGUCCCCUUAAAUUAUACUAUGCUGUAGCCAAAUGUCCCUUAAAUAGUUCAACAAUUAUAACCAUGUAUUAAAACUUUCAUUUUCAUUUUUGUUGUAAAUUUAUGUCAUAGCUUGCGUUGUCCUUAUACGUUUAUCGUAAAUUUGGUUAUGCACACAUGAAAUCUGUGUAUCAAUUGUGACCGUUGCUGAUCACUGGUCAUGCUUUCAGAUGAGUCCCGAUUUUGUUUGCAUUUCCUUUAUAGGCGCGAAUCUCAAUCCAUCCUGAGACCCCAUGACAGAUUUAUCAGGGGAUGGGCGAUGUUGUGGAGAUUGAUGACCACGAUUCAUGAACCCCAUCCCUGUUGUUGGGUGGGAUCACUAUGACUUGCCAAACCCCGUUCUACUUUGUGGGAAGGAAUCAUUACGGCGGCCUGGGAUUCAUACUGGCACUCUUUGCUGACCCGCUCUCAGUGCUCAACGUGCACGAUGCACGAUGGCUACUGAGAAUAGCUAUAAUUAAAUAUAGUCAUUUUAUUUUGGGGUAAAAGAUACAUUUGGGACAGCUUGGGUUUAUGUGCACAAGCGAUAAAUGGUUUGUUGCUUUCUAUUCACCAUCAUAAACGAGUUAUGUUCAGUUUGAAGAGGAGAAGCAUGAUUGACACAUUAACAUAGAACGUUUAUAACUUGGUAUUCCCGGUCUGUCAAAAGAACUGUGGUCAUUUACAUGUCUGUUAGAGUUUGUAUGUAUAUCCAUCUGCUUAAUUUCUGUUACCGAAUGACACUAUCGGAUCU